UGACUUGACUUUGCAACGACUGUGCUCCCUCUGAGCAUCUUCCUCUGACUUUCCCCAUGGAUUGUUGGGGUUCUUCUUCUACACAGCUUCGGCUAUGCAUAAUCAUAGUCACAAAAAUUCUGCAUCCGAAAUUUCAAUCCAACCCAAAGCUGAAGCUUUUUCAUCUGAAAAGCCAGAUUAAAGAGCGUCUUCGUUUAGACCUUUGAUCCAUGUUCAUGAUGAGAGCUGAAAAGGCAUCGUUCUCCAGUCCUAGAUGCCCUUAUCAUGUAUACUUGAGUUAUAGAGGCCAAGAGAUCAGUAUGAACUUCAUCAAUCUUCUGCACACGGAAUUGACACGUGUAGGUCUUCGAACAUUCAAGAAACAUGGUGAAGCUAGGAAAGGAAAGAUUGUUGGAUCAGAAUUGCAAAAAGCAUUCAAGGAAGCGAGAAUUUCAAUAAUUGUAUUCUCGGAAGAUUAUGCAUACUCUAGAAGGUGCCUAGAUGAACUUGUGAACAUCCUGGAAAGGAAGUUCAGUGCCGGUCAUAUGAUUCUACCUGUGUUCUAUCAUAUGGAUCCAUCCCAUGUGAGAAAGCAGAAAGGAUCUUAUGCAAAAGCGCUUCAUAAUUAUGAAGAGCAGAUCAUGGGGGGGAAGGGUGAAAGAAGGAAUGAGCAGAUAGCAAAGGUGAAGAUAUGGAGAGCAUCUCUCAAGGAGGUUGCAAAUAUGGCAGGGAUAGUUCUAGAAGACGGGGAUGAGUUAACGUUUAUUCAAGAAAUUGUUGAGGACAUCUGGGGUAAGAUGAGUCGCAAAGUUUUGAGUAUUGCCCAAUAUCCAGUUGGAAUAUAUCACCGCGUGAAAGAGAUCAGUUUCUGGUUACAAGAUAGCUUGACUGGUGCUCAUACAUUGAUGAUUUAUGGAGAACCUGGAAUAGGGAAAACAACCAUUGCCAGAGCUCUUUUUAACCUACAUUGUGACAGAUUUCAGUACAGCAGUUUUCUUGCAAAUAUUCGAGAAAUUGCAAAAGAAAGCAGCAGUCUAAUUAGCCUACAGAAAAAUCUGCUUUCAGAUCUUUUGAAAGAGGAUAGGAUUGAUCUAUAUGAUAUUGAUGGGGGAGCUUCUAAGAUCAAAGAAUUUUUGGUUCACAGAAGGUUUCUUUUGGUUCUUGAUGAUGUUGAUGAUUUGGACCAACUGAAAGCAUUACUUGAUUCAAGAGAUUGGAUUCCUCCUGGGAGUAAAGUUAUUAUAACAACUACAAAUAAAAGCUUGGUAAACCCUCACGAUGCUUGUGUGAUGUAUGAAGCCAAGAGGUUUGACAUUCCUGAGGCGCUUCAGCUCUUCAGCUUGCAUACUUUUGGUCAAGACCAUCCCGCCAAGGAGUACAUGAUGCAAUCCAAACAGAUAGUUAAACAUUGUCGAGGGGUUCCUUUAGCUCUUCAAGUUCUAGCCUCUUCGCUACGUGGUGGAAGUAUAGAUUUAUGGGAAGCUGCAAUAAAUAAAUUAGAAAGAUAUUCUGAAUUCCAUAAACAUAAAAUUCUUGAACUAAGCUAUGAAGCUUUGCCUGAUGACCAUGAGAAAAAUGUAUUUCUUGAUAUUGCUUGCUUCUUUGUUGGAAAGGACAAAGAUUAUACAAUCAAAAUUCUUGAUGAAUGUGGUUUCCAUGCUACUGCUGAAAUACAGAAUCUCAUCGAUAGAUGUCUUCUGACAGUGACUCCUGAAAACAAGCUAAUGAUGCACCAGUUACUACAAGAAAUGGGUAAAGAGGUCAUCUGCCGAGAAUCGCCCACAGAACCUGGUAAACGCAGCAGAAUCUGGCAUCACAAGGAUGCCCUCAGUAUACUGCAGGAAGAAACUGUUACAGAAUCUAUUGAGGGGCUCACUCUUAAAAUGCGUGGAUCAGAUGAAAGCAAAUCAGACAAACAUGAAAAUAUGUCAAAAAGACCUCACUGUGAUGAUUCACCGAAUACUUCAACAUUGAUUCUCAAAAACUCAUCAAAGAGGCUUUGCCUACGCUUUUUCUCUUGGCGUCAAGUAAAUUCUGUUUCGGCAAGAUCACAGACUGCACCAAAUGAAGCUGGAAUAAGUUCUAAAGCAUUUUUUAAAAUGCAAGAACUGAGAUUUCUUGAGCUUGAUAAUGUGCAGCUUUCUGGCACCUAUGAAGGAUUUCCAAAGAAAUUAAGAUGGAUGUGCUGGUAUCAAUUCCAAUUAACUUCCUUUCCAAGUGGCUUCCCUCUAGAAAAUCUUGUAGUUCUUGAAAUGAGCAAUAGCAACUUGCACCAAACAUGGGAGGGAGCAAAGUCUCUCCGAUCAUUGAAGAUACUUGAUCUUAGUCACUCACGCCAUCUCAUGAAGACCCCUGACUUCUCUGGACUGCCGAGUUUAGAAAGAGUUAUUCUUGAACAUUGCAUAGGUUUGGUUAAGGUCCAUGAGUCCAUUGGAAGACUUCAUAAACUUCUUGUUUUAAAUCUGAAGGGAUGCGAGAGCCUUAGGAAGCUUCCAAGGAAGAUGAGGGAAAUAAAAUCGUUAGAAGAACUAACACUCUGUGGGUGCUCGAAGCUGGAGUUUUCCACGACAAUGCGAAAUCAAUUUUUUUUGCAAGCACUUCUGCAGAAUGUGACUAACAGAAAUCAACUUGCCUCUAAGGGUGAAAAGCCAAUAUGUAGUGACUCUCUGGCUGCUAAAUCUGUCUAUUCAAUUUUCUGGUCUUGGAUGUCACCGUGGCCAAAGUCAGCACGUUCAAUGUCAGAACUCUUUCAGAUCACCUUACAAAGUUUGGAUAUUUCACAUUGCAAUCUGACUGGCACUUUUAUUCCCUAUGAUCUUUCUGUCUUGUCCUCCUUAAAAUAUCUGAAUUUAAGAGGAAAUCCCAUUACUACCCUGCCAGAGAGCCUGAAGAGCCUAACUGUGCUGCAGUCCCUUCAGUUAGCUGACUGCACAAAGCUCCAGUGGAUCCCGGAACUUCCAUUGAGUUUACAAUUAUUGAAUGCACGUAACUGCAUAUCACUGAAUAGAGUAACAAAUCUACCCAACUUCAUGAGGUCACUUGACUUGCACCUAGAGAAUUGUGGAAAUCUGGUUGAGGUUCAGGGAGUAUUCAAGCUAGAUCCUAUUGAUGAUAUUGUUGUUGUAUCUUGCCUAGAUAAUUUGGAGGUCCGAGCAGUAGAUGUGGAACUUUGCAACUAUCUGACCUCAACGAAAAGCAAAGGUCCCGUUCAGGGACUCUAUGAAUUUGGUAUACACAGCAUUUUCAUUCCUGGAGGCAAGGUUCCUACCGAGUUCAAUAAUAUAAGCACAGGGAGCUCAUUAGCUUUCUCUGUGCCUCAACUUCCUAACAUCAAGACACAAGGAUUAGAGAUAUGCAUUGCUUAUGUAGAAUGUUAUGACGAAUGUUUCAGCCAAAGUCACUUCAUAAAAGUGAGCAAUAAAACCAAGAGGAUCAAAUGGAAUUAUGGUCCAACGGUUUUUGGGAUUGCAACUCCUGGUAAUCCAAUGCUAUGGUUAAGUCGUUGGAAGUUUGGAGAUCAGCUAGAAAAAGGAGAUCAAGUUGUUGUCUCCUUAAGCAUGAGUUGCUUGGUUAGGGAAUUUGGUGCCCAUCUUGUAUGCAGUGAACAAAGGGAGGAAGACACCCUAUCUGAGAAUACAAAGGAGGGAUGUCGUCGUCCCUGCUAUCCACUUCAUCAUGCAAUUGGAGGAGAUUUGUCUCCUUAUGAGCUAAGCUCAGGCGUCUAUCACCUCUCCAUUUAUUCUUGAAUCUUGAUUACAGAAAGUUUAGGUUCCCAAUUCAUUGAAAAUGUCAACUUUCCCUCACCCAUCAGUGCAAAUGCAGGGAUUAUCAAUCUUUGGGUUGUUGAAGUUAAACAGACAUUGGGUCCACCAAAGGCAGUUUCUAAUCUGUGGUUUAAUGGAGAAAGGGGAGUGUAGAUUUUGCAUCGACUUAGAAAGUUAUCUGAGCUAUUUGGUGCUGUAAUCCAUUUUUGUACUUAUAUUCCAUAAUAGUAUGGUGGCUUAUGUGACA